AACAUCUCCCAUCUCUCUGGAUUUCUUUUUGCCUCAUUAUUCCUGCUAACCAAUUCAUUUCCAGACUUUGCACUUCAGAAGCAAUGGGAAAAAUCAGCAGUCUUCCAACCCAAUUAUUUAAGUGCUGCUUUUGUGAUUUCUUGAAGGUGAAGAUGCACACCGUGUCCUCCUCGCACCUCUUCUACCUGGCACUGUGCUUGCUCACCUUCCCCAGCCCCGCCACAGCUGGGCCUGAGACGCUCUGCGGGGCUGAGCUGGUGGACGCUCUUCAGUUCGUGUGCGGAGACAGGGGGUUCUACUUCAACAAGCCCACAGGGUACGGCUCCAGCAGUCGGAGGGCACCUCAGACAGGCAUCGUGGAUGAGUGCUGCUUCCGGAGCUGUGAUCUGAGGAGGCUAGAGAUGUACUGUGCACCCCUCAAGCCUGCCAAGUCUGCCCGCUCGGUCCGUGCCCAGCGCCACACUGACAUGCCCAAGGCUCAGAAGGAAGUACAUUUGAAGAAUGCAAGUAGAGGGAGUGCAGGAAACAAGAACUACAGAAUGUAGGAAGACCUUCCUGAGUUGUGAAGAAUGACAUGCCACCGGCAGGAUUGUUUGCUCUGUAGGAGUUACCUGAUAAACACC